CUUUCUUUUCUCUUUACUUAUCCUUUUCCAUGCACCUUUUGACUGAGUAUACUUCGAAGAGAAUUCGUUCAAGUUGUUUCGGGAUUCGAAUGCGAUAAUUUUUUUUCGAAUAAUUGGUUGCGAGUGCCGCGCCAGGCACCGAAAAGUCACUUUGCCGUGAACGAUCUGGACAGGUUGAUUUGUUCACGUUCGUAAGUGUUACACCCAACCUAAUCACCCAAAACAAAAAACUAUGCACUCUUUUUCCUACCUGUCGUUACUUUGUCUUGCUAUUUCGUGUUUCUUUUCUCCUACACAAGCAUCACCUGGACAUGGCAAAGUUCGGGUUAGUCAUGUCAACAGGAACGUUACCCCCGCGUCAAAGUUGAAAAGAGAUUCAACCACCGGAGACUUCACCUAUUAUGUUGCUGGGCUAGGGGCAUGCGGGACCACAAAUACUGCUAGUGACUACAUCGUGGCGUUGAACAGUGAUCAAUGGGACGGCGGUUCACACUGCUACGAAAUGGUCACCCUUUCUUAUGGAGGAAAAACAGUUACGGCUCAGGUUACGGAUGAAUGCCCGACUUGCGCUUAUGGUCAAUUAGAUCUCACGUAUUCGCUCUUCGCUGCUUUGUCGGGCGGUGAUCCGAAUCAGAUUGGCGAAAUGUACGGCGGGACAUGGUCAUUUGCAGAUGGUUCCUCAUCAUCCACAUCGACUUCAUCAACGUCCCAGUAUACCCCACCUUCAACGACCCAAACACCUACCUCUACCUCGACUCCUCCACCGAGCACCACGUCUUCGUCCUCCAGCAGCACCGAGAGUACAUCUUCGUGGACAUCAACCUCCAGUUCUUCAUCUUCUGCUACUACCACGAGUUCAAGUUCGAGUUCGAGUUCAACUUCUUCCUCUGCUAGCGCCAGUCCUACAGCUAGUGCAGGUCCUCAGGUUCUCGCUCAGCUACAGCUUGCUCUCAUCCAACUAGGAGAAUUUACGGCUAAUGCUUAUAUGGCUAACUGAUAACAUACUCAUACCCUCUUUUCGAUACCAACUCCAUCUUUUUCCUUUGGUCAUGGUACUUUGUGGUUCUACGGGUUUGCGUUCAGUCCAGGACGAACUAUCUAUUUAGCGAAAGCAAGAUAUCGAGUCCCA